GAUGUCAGAUAAAGUGAGCGGUGAUCCUCCCUCUGUCCCAGCAGUCUGUCAAUGAUCUGUGUGCUUCUGGGUUCCAGCCUGCGGAGGGCACACAGUCCACCGCGCUGCCCUGAUAAGCAGAAGAAGAGCCUCGCUGUGCGGCGGUCCUCCUGCGGAGCUCCUCGGUUAAAGGUGGAGGAAGCAGCAUGUGACGCCGCUGAACAAACCAAACCAAGAAGCAGGCUGGCCAGACGCCGUCCUCUCCCCGCCGCUGUUCGCUUUUCCUCCAGAGGGAAGCGGCCUCAUUCUGAGCAGGUGAGCAGAGCUGCUCCUUUGGUGAGAAUCUUCCCUGCUUGGUGGUAGAUGUGAGAAAUCAGUCCAACUCAUCCAGCCUCACCAUGGGUCAGGACCGGGGGAAGUACGACUUCUACAUCGGCCUGGCUUUGGCCAUAAGCUCCAGCAUCUUCAUCGGUGGAAGCUUUAUCCUCAAGAAGAAAGGACUCCUGAGGCUGGCUAAGAAGGGAUCCAUGCGGGCAGGGCAGGGCGGUCAUGCAUAUCUUAAAGAAUGGCUCUGGUGGGCUGGAUUACUAUCAAUGGGUGCUGGAGAAGCGGCUAACUUUGCAGCGUAUGCUUUUGCUCCUGCAACCCUCGUCACGCCUCUAGGAGCCCUUAGCGUGCUCGUCAGCGCUGUGCUGUCGUCGUACUUCCUGACAGAGCGGUUAAACCUGCACGGGAAGCUUGGCUGCCUGCUGAGCAUCCUUGGCUCCACCACCAUGGUGAUCCACGCUCCGAAGGAGGAGGAGAUCGCGAGCCUCGAGGACAUGGCCAAGAAGCUGGUGGACCCAGGGUUUGUAGUUUUUGCCACCCUUGUGGUCAUCGUGGCUCUCAUCUUCAUCUUUGUGGUUUCCCCCCGUCACGGUCAGACCAAUAUCCUCGUCUACAUCACCAUCUGCUCCGUAAUCGGGGCGCUCUCGGUGUCCUGUGUCAAAGGACUCGGCAUCGCCAUCAAGGAGGCCAUCGCUGGGGAAAACGUCUUUAAAAUCCCCCUGUCCUGGAUCCUCCUCCUGAGUCUGGUGGGCUGCGUGAGCACCCAGAUCAACUACCUGAACAAGGCCCUGGACAUCUUCAACACCUCCCUGGUGACGCCCAUCUACUACGUGUUCUUCACCACGUCGGUGCUCACCUGCUCCGCCAUCCUCUUCAAAGAGUGGGAGCACAUGGGCGCGGGCGACGUCAUCGGGACCCUCAGCGGCUUCCUCACAAUCAUCGUGGGCAUCUUUCUGCUUCACGCCUUCAAGGACGUCAGCGUCAGUCUGGCAACCCUGGCCUUCUCAAUAAGGAAGGACGAGCGCAACGCUCCGGCAGCCAAUGGCACGGCCUCCCAUAGCAACUACGAACUGCUGCGGGAGUCCACAGAGGACUUGGACGACAGGGCUUUGCCCUUCGAUAGCGUCUCCAGAAGGAACGGAGCAAUGACUUCCUCUCUAGAUGUUUAACAAACAUCUUUCUCCUCAGACUCAACGGUUUGCGUGGUUGCUGUUAGCUUAUAAAACAAUGAGACAAUCAACUGUGAGGGGAGGGGACACAGAUGGACCAGUAGAUUGUAUUUCUUUUAAUUUGCCUUAAUUUACUCAGACUGUCAUCUGGUUAACUCACCUGCGUUCCUCUGUAGCUGUAAAUAUUUUUUUACAGAAAUUCUUUAUCUACCUGGAUUUCAAUGCACUGACUUACUUUCUAGCAAUCAGAAAUAUAAAAGCUAAUAUGUUCUGGUUUGAGGACCUUCUGACAAUGACUUCAUCUCACAAGAACUUUAUUAUGAUUGACCUUUUUUUUUUUGUGACACUUGAAAGUGAUUUGUUUGGAACGUUCCUGCAGGUGGGUGGGAACUUUUUACAGAGAAACUUGACAAAACAGAUUUGUUACAUAUUUAUUGAAUUAAAAUGAUUAAAAGUUUUCAAACACAAGGCACAGUGAAUAAUUUGACAUGGAUGUUAAUUCUCAGUAUUCUCUAAAAACGCUGGAGCAUGCAUGUUUAUAAUGUCACCUUUUUUUUCCUUUCAUAAAAUAGAUUCACCUUUUACUGUUUCACCACUGCAAACCCUUAAAUACUAAUUUCCCUGCCUGAACUACGGCUACCUGCAAGUACAAAAUAGCUCUUUUUUUAAAAAAAAAAGGGCGGUAUCUAUUCUUAUAAGGCACAAGUGAAUACAAAAAAAAAA